GCACCAAGCAGACAUUCCUAGAGAAACAUGGAUGGAGUCGGGAAUCUGACAGUAUCUUCUGCCAAUAAUAACACGUGCAAUGACACUAUUGAUGACUUCCGCAAUCAAGUGUAUUCCACCUUGUACUCUAUGAUCUCCGUUGUGGGCUUCUUUGGCAAUAGCUUUGUGCUCUAUGUCCUCAUAAAAACAUAUCAUGAGAAGUCAGCUUUCCAAGUAUACAUGAUUAAUUUAGCAGUAGCAGAUCUACUGUGCGUGUGUACACUGCCUCUCCGUGUAGUCUAUUAUGUUCACAAAGGCAUCUGGCUUUUUGGUGACAUUUUGUGCCGCCUCAGCACCUAUGCCUUGUAUGUCAACCUCUAUUGUAGUAUCUUCUUUAUGACAGCCAUGAGCUUUUUCCGGUGUAUUGCAAUUGUUUUUCCAGUCCAGAACAUUAAUUUGGUUACACAGAAGAAAGCCAGGUUUGUGUGUGUUAGCAUUUGGAUUUUUGUGAUUUUGACCAGUUCUCCAUUUUUAAUGUCCACAUCUUACAAAGAUGAGAAAAACAAUACCAAGUGCUUUGAGCCUCCACAGGACAAUCAGGCUAAAAAUCAUGUCUUGGUCUUGCAUUAUGUGUCAUUGUUUAUCGGAUUUAUCAUUCCUUUUGUUAUUAUAAUUGUCUGUUACACAAUGAUCAUUUUAGCCUUACUUAAAAAUUCAAUGAAGAAAAAUCUAUCAAGCCGUAAAAAAGCUAUAGGAAUGAUCAUAGUUGUGACAGCUGCUUUUUUGAUCAGCUUCAUGCCAUAUCAUAUUCAACGCACCAUCCACCUUCAUUUUUUACACAAUGAAACUAAACCCUGUGAUUCUAUUCUUAGAAUGCAGAAGUCAGUGGUCAUAACCUUGUCUCUGGCCGCAUCAAAUUGUUGCUUUGACCCUCUCCUAUAUUUCUUUUCAGGGGGGAACUUUAGGAGAAGACUGUCUACAUUUAGAAAGCAUUCCUUGUCCAGUGUGACUUAUGUACCCAAGAAAAAGCCCUCUUUGCCAGAAAAAGGAGAAGAAACAUAUAAAGAAUAAGUUAAACCCAUUUCCAAUGAAAAUCAAUGAAGAGUUUCCCAAACAAGUAUUACCUCAAAUUAUCUACAAUAAAAAUGAGUAUUUCCAUUAAUAAUUUA